UUCCUCGUUCUUCUUUCUGUGCAAAGAGUGCUAAGCGUGUGAUGGCUCAGGGAAGAGACAGUGCAGGAAAAGCCAUGGCUUUUGGUCUCACUCUACUCUUUCUUAUGCUUCUGCAAAGCGAGCUCGCCGAGUCCGCCAUUUACACCGUCGGGAAUCAAAAUGGCUGGACCUUCAACUCCGCGGCCUGGACCAAAGGCAAGCGCUUUCGUGCCGGCGACGUCCUUAUCUUUAAAUACAGCCCAUCGGUGCACAACGUGGUGGCCGUAAACGCAGCGGGCUACAAUGCAUGCACGACUCCUAAAGGUUCUAAAAUCUACAAAUCUGGGAACGAUCGCAUCACUCUCGUAAAGGGUCCUAACUACUUCAUCUGCAACUUUCCUGCUCACUGCGAGUCAGGGAUGAAGAUGUUGGUGAACGCAGCAUAAGUAAACUAAAGAAAUCAUGUAAGGCUUGACAGGGAAAUGAAAUUUUUACUUAUUACAAGUGUUGCCAUAUAUAUAUAUAGGGAAAUUAAGUAAUGGCGUUGUAUGUUUAAGAGAGUUGCUUACAGUUGCUUCUGAGUGAAAACCAUAAAUAAAGAUGUUUUGAGUUUGCUUUGUUGUACUA